AUGAGCAGCUCUUCUCCCUUCUCCAGGUCGCUGCGGAAGCCUGUUGCUGCCCUAUGGGGCUGCCAGCUGAGCACGGGCAGCCGGAGCUACGUGGUGAAGGAGGAGGACAACUUCUUGGAGCACCUGGUGCUGCUGAGAACGAUCUGCCUGGGGGCUGAUGCCGGGGACGAGCUGCACGUGGUGGCCGUUGAUUCGAAAAACGCCUACGGAGACCACAAGCCGGUGCCCAUCGCGGCGCUGCGGCCCUCGGUGCUCCCCAUGGUCAACCUCAAAGGUGUGGAGCUGGUCCCUCCCAUCACCUUCGUACUCAAGUGCGGAGCGGGGCCGGUCUAUCUCAGCGGGCAGCACAUCAUCCUGGAAGACGAUGCCGAGUCCGAAGCCUAG